AUGAACGUGGAAUUUUCUAUUUUUACAGGCACUUGGCUAGAGCUACGGGUUGACGGCGGUGGCAGUGAGGAUAUCAAGAGCAACCUACUCGAGGAGUCCCAGCCAGGACCUGCUGAACAUCCUGGAGAGCGCAGUAUUGAGAAUGCAAUGUGCAAUGUUGUUAUUUUAUGGCCGACGGGCUUCGGAACUGAGGAUCACUUCGAUUUCUUGCGGGCCGUUCUCAACGAGCCAAACCGCGAAGAUGAAGACGAGGAGACAUUGGUUCCCGGUUCCUCGGGCAAGGGCAAACGCCUAACGGAACGAAAGAGUGCCUCCAUGAAUGCCCUGAUAUUUGCAAAAUACCCCAGAAUAAUGGGGCUUCACGAUGGACUAACACAACAAACCAAUCAACCACUCUGCUAUCCCGACAGCCCUCCCAAGGGGAAGAAGAUAUGGACGGCGGAGAGUGGUGACUAUAAAUUGCCCUGCAUUGCGAUUCCCGCCUUCUCGAAGGGCAAAGGGAAAGGGAGAUCGAUGGCUAUGUGA